UUUCAAAGCUGCUUUCAAACAUCAGGAAAAGCAGCAGUGCCGGACUGUCACACACCCUCCUGAUUUCCUCUCAAGGUAAUUAGCAGCAGCUCUGUCCUUAGAUAAAAUGGAAAAAGGUCAGGGACCUCCUCUAGAAGUUUCCGCACCCCCAUACCCUGGCCCCUCGCUUAACCAGGCUCCUUUCACGGCCCAGCCGGCUGCCCAGCCUUACCCUCAACCUGUUCCCGCACCCACAUACCCUGGCCCCUCGCUUAACCACGCUCCUUUUACGGCACAGCCGGCUGCCCAGCCGUACCCUCAACCUGAUAAAAUGGAAAAAGGUCAGGGACCUCCUCUAGAAGUUUCCGCACCCCCAUACCCUGGCCCCUCGCUAAACCAGGCUCCUUUCACGGCCCAGCCGGCUGCCCAGCCUUACCCUCAACCUGUUCCCGCACCCACAUACCCUGGCCCCUCGCUUAACCACGCUCCUUUUACGGCCCAGCCGGCUGCCCAGCCGUACCCUCAACCUGUUCCCGCACCACCAUACCCUGGCCCCCCACUUAACCAGGCUCCUGUCAUGGCCCAGCCAGCUGUCCAGCCCUUCCCUCAAGCUGGGCAACAAAUAUUUUACGCCCCGCAGCAAACUCAGAUUGUGCAAUCAGUGAAUCGUGUGGUGGUUGUGCAACAGCGGCCGACUGACGCUCCUGGACAGAUGUUAUGUCCCCACUGCCAAAAUACUGUUGUGACCACAACUAAGUACAGAAAUGGUUUGGUCGUCUGGCUGAUCUGUGGCCUUCUAGCAGUAUUUGGGUUCUGGCCAUGCUGUUUGAUCCCCUUCUGCGUGGAUUCUUGCAAGGAUGUGGCGCAUUAUUGCCCCGUUUGUAACAACGUCCUCCACGUCUACGAACGCAGGUGAAUGAUCAAGUGUUGAAUCCUGCACUCAGCUGUACGCAUUAUUCUAUUCUGUACAUAUGUGUUUCUAAACAUGAUUUUUUUUUAUGUCUUUCAUCGGAUAGUCAAUGGGGUAAUCUAGCUGUGAAAAUGAAAGCAUUAAAAUGUGAGAAAAUGGUUUUAUGAAGUUUUGUUUUGUCAGCCUAAGUGAUGUAACAUUAUAACACAUAUCUAUCAGGAAUAAAGAAUGUACAAGCAGCUAUCAUAAUUAUUGAAACUCAUAUAUUUUUCAUAAAAUAAUUUGGGGAAAUAUGUCCAAGAAUGGCAAACUUAUACUUUUUUUUAUCCUGACAUCAUUAUAAAGCCUCACCUGACAAUUUAUUGAAUGUUUUGUUUUUUGUUAUGAACUCUAUUUAUUUCUUCUUUUUUCUCAUUAGUGACUUGCCUAACUAUGGUUUUAUUUAAUUUUUAAGUCAAUUGAAUCAUUUUAUGAGACUAUCAGAAGAAAGUGUGACAUUUUUACAAGCUAAAGGAUUGCAAUCAUUUAUUAUUUUUGUUUGUUUUAUAUUUUGAUUGCUAUCAGAAUGUAAUUUGCUUUAAAAAUGCUGAUUCCUGUUUCUUUAUGUAGCAUUUACCUCCAUUAAUUUAAGACUUCAUUGAUUCUCAUACUGUCAAUACUGUCACUGUGAGAGAGGUUACGAUGAAAAAAACCAGCUCUCGAGGUUUGGUUUAGCUCACUGGAUACAAAGAUUUGAUGUCAUACAUUUUGGCAGUUUUCUCGUUCCUACAGUGUAUAAACAAACAAAUAAAAAAGAAAAAACAGUGUCCACAGGAAGACAAUGUUCCUCUCUUCUAC